AAAAAAAAGCUUCACAAGAAAUAGCAGAAAGAGACAAGGCGGAAGUAGGAAAAACGUCAACAUGUUUUUUUAUCAGUCUCUGCGGUGACUUACAGAGAUGCCUUGCACAAAGUAGGUUCCUUUUUAUGAGUUAACCUUUGUGUGUAGUAAAAACAUGGAGCUGCCGGUGGAUCCAGACCCAGAGCCGGCUCCUAAAGUCGAGUUAUCUGCAGCGAUGCGGGCCAAGAUUGAACGGAACAGACAGCGGGCUUUGAUGCUCAGACAAGCCCGACUGGCGAACCGUCCUUUGUCCGCAGUAGAAGGUGCAACAUCCGCGAAAGUGUCUAAAACUAUUGACUCAGGGGCUGGGUUUUUCAUUGAGGAAGAGGAGGACGCAGAGGAACAGCAGAGGAGCCGAAAGGUGGUCCAGCAGCCAGCUCCUGUGAUUGAGCCAGACUAUUUAGUGUGUGAUGACUGUGAAAAACCUUUUAUGGAUUCCUACCUCAGCAAUAGCUUUGACUUGUCUGUCUGCGAUAAGUGCAGGGACAAUGAAGAAAAGCACAAACUCAUUUCUAGAACAGAGGCCAAACAGCGUUACUUGUUGAAAGACUGCGACCUGGAUAAGAGAGAACCUCCUCUUCGAUUUAUAUUGAAGAAAAAUCCACAUAACUCUCGCUGGGGAGAUAUGAAACUGUAUCUGAAAAUGCAGGUUGAGAAGAGGUGCAUGGAGGUCUGGGGGUCAGAGGAGGCUCUUGAAGAGGCCAGGGAGACAAGGGAGGAGAACAAAGAAGUACAGAAACAAAAACGAUUCAACAAGAAAGUAAAAGAGCUGCGUAGGGCAGUGAGGAGCAGUAUGUGGACCAAAGACACUAGUGCUCACCAACACGAUUACGGCUCGGAGGAGGUGGUAGAUCCAGACGAAGACCUGUACAAGAAAACCUGCACCACCUGUGGACAUGAACUUACAUACGAGAAGAUGUAGGGAACAGCGCACCGAACAUUAAGGUUACUUCUAUGACUUCCUCAAGCUGGACUAGACUCUUAAUGCACAGGAGAGUUUAAUACUGUCAACAAAUAUUGCACCUACAGUCCCUUUCUCUCCAUGGCAGAAUUUCCUGUUUUUGAGGUUUUGCAGGUGCAGUAAAAGUCGCAAAAUAUGACCCAUUCUUACAAAUGGUUUUGUACAUCGGUUAUUUUUGGACUUAAACUUUAAGGUUUUUAUCUUAAGACCUUAAAAUACCAUUUUAAUUAUCAGGUAUAAAAGUAGAGGAACCAUUGAUACAUUGAGGCGGCAAUCUUGUAACUGCAAGAAGUGCAAAAUUUAAAUAGAAAAUAUAAAAAAACUGCGUCAGAAAUGUCAUUGAUUAAAGACACGUUUUUACUCAAUUAUGAAACUGAAUAGUCACCCCAAUAACACUGCCGCUGUACAUUUAAUAGAGUUAGAGUAUGUUUGCAUUUCAAUGUAUGGGCACAACUGGUGUUUUUUGUAUUUACCGUUACAUUUUUCAAGACGUUUUCACAUUCGACUGAAUAUGGACUCUGGAUAAAGCUCAAGAACAAAAAAUAACAAAAAAAAAAAAAAAAAAGAACGUGUAAGAACAAAAAAAGCUAUAAGAAGAGCUUUCCCUGUUAGACUGCAUGAGCUGGAACUAGAUUUCUGUUACUAUGUGUUACCAGGAUGAUAUGGACACAAAUGAAAUGACUCAAAUACUAAAGCUAAACAUUUUCAGUUGUACAUUUUCAUUCCAGUGAUACAUGAAUAAAAUGUUUUUAAAGUGUUAUG